AGAGAGAGAGAGAGAGAGAGAGAGAGAGAGAGAGAGAGAGAGAGAGAGAGAGAGAGAGAGAGAGAGAGAGACACAGAGAGAGAGAGAGAGAGAGAGAGAGAGAGAGGUUUUUUAUUGGUAGGUGCAGAAGGAUGGAUUCCAGUCGAUGGAGGACAGAUCUCCCGAUGGGCAACAAUGGGGGAUUCCAAACGCAAGACGUUCCCGUUCACGGAUCUGUGUCGUGCUCUUCGCCAUCUACGUCGGUGGUUCAAUCCUUCACCGGCCAGUUGUUGGAUGGGGGUCGAGGCUUGCCGAUCCAUAUACCACGGGCCCCUGUCCCUGCUUCCGCACAUCAGCAUGCGGCAGGGACACGUGGACGGUUCCCUGGAUGGCCGUCUAUGCAAAGUAUGCCUGCAGGAGCCAUGUACAUGGGCCAUGGUCCCCUCCCGGGUCCGAUUGGUGCCGGAUACGGCACACCUGCUCCGCAUUCCUUUGAGGCCGGCUGCGGAUUCGGCAUUCCGACACAAGAUUUGUCGUCCCAGCACAAUGUUGACAGGGGCAGCGCGAUGAGGAGUGAUCGAUCGUGGUCCCCGCAGUACGAGCAGACGUCGCAGCAAAUGAACGGUGCAAUGGGCAGCCCGAGUCGACCAUCGGCCAAACGCAUGCCUUGUCAUCAGUCGACUUCCAUGCGCGAUGCGCAUUGCCAAGAGACCAACCAGGGAUGGCCUGCAGGAAACCGUUCAUCGGGGACAGCAGAUUUUGAUGACGAUGCGGAUGAAGGUGAAGCAUGUGAAAGUGAUGACGACGGUGAUGAUGAGGGAGAUGGAGUGAACAUUCCUGUGCUGACUUCAGAAAAUGCCCGUGGAGACGUAGACAGCACACAAUAUUCCAACCAAGGGCAGACCUUGGUCGUACGGGAGCGUGGUCGUCCUCAUGACAAGCGCAAGGGCAAAGACAAUGCUGCGACAAACAAAAAAACAAAACGUCCCUUGGACGUUGGAGAAGAGGAUCACCCUGGCGAAGUUGAUGGCGGAGAACGACGCCCUCAUGGCUGACGCGGAGGAUCAACAUCAGUUCAUGAAGAUGAAGGAGUGGAACGCCUGGGUGAAAGACCAAUGAAAGACAACGGAUUCC